AUGUCAUCCAACGCUCCAGCUGUCAACCCCGAAACGGCGGUCUCCUACGCAGCCCUGAUCCUCGCGGACGAGGGGCUGGAGGUCACGCCGGAUAAGCUCCAGACGCUCCUCAAGGCCGCCGGUGUCGAGAUCGAGCCGAUCUGGAGCACCCUCUUCGCCAAGGCCCUCGAGGGCAAGGACGUGAAACAGAUCCUCACCUCUGUGCAGGCUGCCGGGCCAGCUGUUGCUGGCGGGAAGGACGGGAAGGGCGGGAAGGCCCAGCAGGAUACAGACUCUGGGGAUGAUGGUGCUGAGCCCUGUAUUGAUGAUGAGGACAGUGAUAGUGGGUCGGACAUUGGGAUGGGCUUGUUUGACUGA